AUGGCGCCUUCCAUCACCGAGUCUGCGAUCCUCGUCCCGGAGGUCUCUGAAAAGAACCACCGGCAGCCCCUUGAGCUCAGUGGCGCACUCGAGGGUGUCGAGCAGUUUGACGUGACGCCUGUUAUCGGCCGCGAGUUCCCUUCUGCGAAUCUGGCCGAGUGGCUUCACGCGCCCAACUCGGAUGAGCUUCUUCGAGACCUUGCUAUCACCAUUUCACAAAGAGGCGUCGUCUUCUUUCGCAAGCAAGAUGGCCUCAGCGAUGACCUGCAAAAGGAGCUCGUCGACCGACUGGGCCGCUUGACCGGGAAACCGAGUACAUCUGGGUUGCAUAUCCAUCCCAUCAGCAACUCGUCGCGCGAGGAGAGCACCCCGGACGAUGAGAUCAGCGUCAUCAGCUCCGUGCAGAGACAAAAGCUCUACCAGGGCAGGAAUUCGCUCGGGCGCAGCGGCCGCCACGAGUGGCACAGCGAUAUCACCUUUGAGCCUGUGCCUAGCGAUUAUACGCUGCUUCGUUUGACCGAGCUGCCCAAGACCGGUGGAGAUACCCUUUGGGCAUCCGGAUACGAGGUCUACGACCGGAUAUCCAAGCCGUACCAGAGGUUCCUCGACAACCUGACAGCUACAUAUGCCCAACCACGCUUCAACCAAAUCGCCAACCAAAACAAGUUCUCCGUACACCCAGGUCCGCGCGGCGCGCCCGAGAACGUGGGCGAAGAGCUCCUGGCCGUGCAUCCGGUUGUCCGCACGAAUCCAGUGACGGGAUGGAAGAGCAUCUUUGCUGUCGGCCAUCACGUCGAGAAGGUUAAUGACAUUGGCGAGGACGAGAGCAAGCACCUCCUCGACUGGUUUGUGCGCCUCGUGACGGAGAACCAUGACCUCCAGGUGCGAUUCAGGUGGCAGAAUCCUAACGACGUCGCUAUUUGGGAUAACCGCAGCGUCUAUCAUGCUGCCACGUUCGACUAUCAGCAUCUGGGACCGAGGACUGGCCAUCGUGCCGUGGGCUUGGGUGAAAGACCGUAUUUUGAUCCGAAGAGUAAGAGCCGGAGAGAGGCGUUAGGAUUGAAUUGA